GUCACCUGACAGUCAGCUGUCUGGGCAGUGCAUGCACAUACACCCGAAUCAGUUCACUGUCUUGUUUGGAUGAGUUUUAGCUCAUAUUUAGUGUAUGUGAGUGUACAGUGAAAUGGGAUUUUGUUUAGCUGUUCAGCUCGUUUAACGUUGCUUUAGUAUUUAGUAGAGAGAUGAAAAUGUCAGGACCAAACGGAGAUCCCGAGAUUAGAGCGGAUGAAGGACUCCUCGAGGAUGAGGAGGAUUUUAAUGAACAGGAGUACGCCGCCAUUAACUCCAUGCUGGACCAGAUAAACUCGUGUCUGGACAACUUGGAGGAGCGGAACGACGCGCUGAACGGAAAACUGCACGAGCUCCUGGAGUCCAACCGACAGGCUCGGCAGGAGUUUCGAGCUCAGCUCAACGAAACGCAACCUGUGGAGCAGAAACACCCGCCGUCUGAGGGAUGACCACCGAGCAGACGCUGAAUUCCAGUCCUGACUCAUUCCACUGGCAUGAAGCUGUACUGUACUUGUGUUUGUAUUUAUAUUUUCUGGACCGUGCAUCACACCCUUAUAUCCUCAGCACUGUUUCUUCAUGUAUUUUAUUGUUGUUUUAAGAUGAGUACUCCAAAAUAAAAAUAAAAACAAGAGGUCAAUCAUCAAAUAUUUUAAUAGACAUUAAAAUGCAGAAAACAAACAUCUGGAGGAGAGAGAGAGGGAAAAAAAAUACAAGAUGCUUCCAGCUCCUGAAAAAACCCCAUUUUUUUUAUUUAUUUUUUUUUUAGAAAUCCUUGUUUCAUUUGUAGAAUAAAAAUAGAUUAUGAAGUGUA